AUGACUACAGUGAAUGAUUUCUUGUUGCUAUGUUUACUACUGUUUACUGCUGUUUACUGCUGUUUACUGCUGUUUACUACUGUUACUACCAUUAUUCUAUAUAUUUAUACAUUUGUACCUUUCCUCACCCUGACUUCCCGUAAGACAUCAGAUGCUGUCAAACUUGGAAAUUCACGUGAAUGGAACACUAGAAAACCCAGUGGACAUGAGGAUCGUAGAUAUGUCACACGUACACUCACAAUACCCACAAUACCCACACAGAAAUAUCGCGGUAAUAUCAAUGAGCGUUUCUUAAAGGUUACACUUAGAUUUGAUAAUCAGCGCUAA